AUGAUGUGGUCGACUCGCUGCCAAUCUGCCAAAGAGAGCAGUCGUAUGAGAAGCAGCCAGUCAUUGCCAGCCACAGUAUCCGUGUCACAGGCCACGACAGGAGCUGCGUUGGCGGCGUGCAGAAUUGAAAUUAGAUCCGGAGAGUUUUUAGUGAGCAGGUCAUUGCACUGACCAUAUCAUCGCCAUGCCUGGCGCGUUCACUACUCUAUCUGAGGAGUGAGUAACGUCGGGAAGGACCGAAAACCGGCGGAGCACGGAGGACGCCAGACCAACCAAGAUCUGCAAGCAGGAGGACAUUACAACUGAUUAGAUAGGUCGUUCUCUGCUCGCUAUCCUUCACAAUAAUAACACGUUUCCUGGACCGAAAAAGAACCGCUGCCUGCGACUGCGGCGUCGUUGGUUAGCCUGGAGGCACGUUGACGAUGUCCACUUCGUCAUCCACCCUGGAGUCCGCUUCACAGGCACCGGCGACAGUGGACAAUCGGAAUUGCACGGAUGUUGACUGGAACACCGUUUCAGCAGUGUCUCUCUCUGGCACUGGCGUCGGGCUGGUGAUUGUAGUCACAGCUCUCCUGUUCCAGUUGAUCUACAGGCAACGAUUCAAUGUCAAGCCACUCCUGCUCAAGAUCCAGUUUCACACGCUGAUUACAUGCGGUCUUGCUCUUGCACUCUACAUCAUCAUCAACAUUCCAAGAAGUGCGGGUUCUUUCCUAUCAGCGGAGUCUUGCACUGGACUCGGCAGUGCCUUCUAUUUCAUCUUGCUCUCGUCGUUCUUCUGGAUAGCAACUGAGCAUGUGAUCAACUUGGUCUGCGCUCGCCACAUGAACACUGUCCGUCCGCUGGAGUUGAACGUUCUGGUCAUAGCAUGUGUCGUGAAUUAUGGUAUUCCACUUCUCUUCAUGUUCGUUCUCCAUCUUGCGUCCAAUGUAUCCAAGAACCUGUAUGGCUCAUCAUUGUCAGAUCCGACUGGAAUGGCUACGAUCAACCGACAAAUCUGUUGGAUACAGAACGAGACAGCGAUGAUUGUUAUGAUGCUGUGUCCUGCGGCCCUGUUGACAUUGCUUGCCACUGUCACUGGACUCCGAGCGUACGUGCUGUGCGUGCGGUCCGAGUGCACUCAACUCUUCCACCUGCCCGUCGGCCGUGUGGCUAUACCACUGGCAUACCUCAUGACCUGGCUAGCUGCAGGCCUGGCUAACGGCUCGCUGCAAGUCUCGACCAAGUGCCAGUCUUCACUGGGCUUCACCAUCGCAUUCUGUGUUCUCGUCAUCGGCACUGGCUUUGCACUGCUGCGUUACUACCAGCAUGCGUCUAGCGCCCUCAGCAAGCUGAAGGAGCAUGAGCAGCUGGCGGCCAACUCCUUGAUAUUCAUCAAGCAACGGCCAAUAGUCCUGGGUAGUGACGGUCUGUCUGUGGCAACGGAUACAACUCACAUGAUCGUGUCAAGUGGCAGUAGCACCAACUCCUUGCAGCGGUGGUCAUCUGCGAAGAAAUCGAACCGAGCUAAAGGUAGCAAGCGGCAGGAAGCAUCAUUCGAUGAUGUUGUGAUGUCCUUAGCCCCAUUGCCAUCCGCGUUCACUGUCAUGCCUGGAGCCAGUAAGCCAGCGGAAAGCCCAGGCAGUAAACCCACUGGAGCGUCGUCGGACGGUCAGAGCAAGAAGAGAAUGUCGCAGCUGGCGCUGCCGAUGGAGAGGGCGGAUGCCGACGGCAUUGCUAGUGCAGAUAGCAGUCCCGUCAUAACAUACCCGGCUGAGGAGAUCUUGGAGAAGAGUCGCAGUGCUAUAGAGUUGUCUAGAGGACUGCGACUCGAUGACCCACUGGCCGAGAACAAAGCCAUGCCCAACAUUGCUCUGGUAUUGAAGAAGGAAAAGGAGGCGCUACAGGAUCAGGGAGCACCUAUUCCUGAGAUCGUCGACGACGUGGUGUUUGUUGAAAAUGACUACGGGCAGCACAACAACUCUUUUGACGAACUGGAGUCGGACAGCGAGAGAAUCACACGGCUAGCCCGCGGCACUAGGAAAGCAGGAGGAGAGGGUGCCGGCCAACUGAGUAUGGGUGCUCGCAAGGACAUCUACCCUGGUCCGGAUGGCCAGAGCCAGACAACGCCAGACGAGCCACCAGCACUGUCCGUGCUUAGCUCGGACGGCACCACGACGGGGAGGGUUGUUCCUGACAAUGGACAGCAGGUGCAGGAAGCACCCUCGCGCAAGAAGUCCUUCCAGCGCAAAGCCCCUCCAAAGCGACACACCAUCGAACGACUGAGCAUGCCACGCACGGAGAGCUGGCAGAGCUCGGACAGGGAUAGCUCCGAUCAAGACACCAUGCCACGCACACGGUCUUUGCCGGGUCACAAGAGACAGCAGCCUUCGCAGCCAGCAAAGGCAGCAGCGGAGGCUGACAGUGCUGAUGUUCGUCGCAAGAGAAGCGCCGCGGCACGCAAGGCAAUACAAGGCGAUGACAUGCGCUCUGGAAGCCAAACUGGAUAUUUGAACGCACACAUAGGUAGUUUGCCCGACAUCAAUGAACUUGGCAUGGAAGAGCCCGUCGCUGCAGACAGGCCCAUCAAGAGAAAGGAACGUCCAUCGACAUUUGCUGGCACACCAGUGGCCACUUCUUCUCUGAAGGCAUCCAGCGAGCCGAGUCUGACGAACAUGGAAAGUGGCCAGCCAGUACAGCGAAAAGGCCUCGUCUCCGGGAGGAAGAAGUCUUCACCUAAACAAGUGAGCCCGCUGGCCGCUCAGGAUCCUCGUUACUGGUACCCACCUCAAGCUGCCGCCGGUUAUGGCAGUCCAUAUGGUGCCUAUCCUCCCUAUGGUCAAUACCCUCCGGGAUACGGGCAGUCUCCCCCCGGAUAUGGGCAACCUUCCCCUGGGUACGGGCAGCCGCCCAUGGGCUACGGACCACAGUCGUAUGGUCAGCAGUAUUACAACAGCCCGUAUGGUGGACUGCCGUACGGAUUUCAGGGGCAGCGUCAGCGAUCACAGCGUGCCGCUUCAAACCAGCAGAGAGCAUCGAAAAAGUCCAAUGCAUCAGUGCCCGACGAAGCGGGAAACGUGUACGCUGAAGUUGCGCACAAUCCGAACAGGAAGGGCCACCAGGUGCACUUUCCGGAUGCGAAGCAAACACACGCUGCAGUUGAAGCAUGAUAAGCAUCAUGACUUGAACUGGAGCCUACACAUAAAUGCAUACUUGCACCUGACACACUACAGACAGUAGACCUUGACUUGAGCAUGCUGCAUAUGCACCGUUGAUUUCGUUUUUUUUUGCUUUUCAAUCUACAGUUUUUGCACUGCAUUGAAGUUGAUAAUAAAUGUAUGGAGUCGUCUUUUUGUUUGAGAAAAAUGAAUGCAACAUGUAGUGCAGGGAGUCGUCAAAUACCGACUCCCUGAUGUGAUAAGCUGCAUUUCUCAAUAUUUUUCCUUAAACAUUUCCCCGAUCCAUAGCCCAGCUCUGG